AUGCAUGCUCCGCUAGACUUCAAGCGUCUACAACAGGAUAUAUCCCAGGAAAUGGAGAAACUGGCCAGCUUCCCAAAAAAUUUUCGGGACAUUGUAUUCGAUAAUAUUCAGGCCAUGCUCGGGGACAGAGAAGCUUUGCAGAAUUUAAUGGACAAGCUAGAAGAAGAGAACCCUUCGGGUCAUCUGAAUGGUCCUGGUGGCAUCAUCCUAAAUGAAAUGCGAAAGAAUACUAAAGAUCUAUGGAUCAGACCACAGUACUGCAUCACUGAUAUUCUUGACACCAUAAUGGUGCUGAAUAAUACCCAACACAUUCUGCUGGCCGAGUCCAUGAAGAUGAGGAUCCUGGCCCAGCAGAGGGAGCUGGUGAGGAGCAUCCUGGAGCCGAACUUCAAAUACCCCUGGCACAUCCCUUUCACCCUCAAACCUGAGCUCCUCACCCCACUCCAGGAUGAGGGUGUAGAUAUCACCUAUGACCUGCUGGUGGAGUGUGGCUUGAAGAUGGAGCAGAAUAGCCCCAGGUCAACCUGGAGUUUAGAGGUCAAGGAGCCUCUCUCUGCCCUCUAUGGGGUGCUCUCUCUGCUGCAGCAGCUGGCCGAUCCCUAA